CCUGAAACAGAGGCACAAUUAAUAAUAGGUGACAUGUAACAGAAUUCAAGUGUCACUGCAAACUAAUACAGAGUUGGUAGGGAAGAGAACCACAACACAAAGAAAGAGAGAAAUAAUACUACGGGUAAUUAGUCUAUUACAAAAGAUGUCCUUCACUGUUCAGUGCUGAAGUCUGCCUCCUAUAUAUUCACUUCUUUAACACAGAUACUGGAAUGAGCAAAGAAAUCUGGGUAUCGCUGGAAAAGGAUGUCAUGAGUUAUAUGACUGAACUGGUUUGCAAAAAAUGAUUCUGAUAUUGCUUAUUCUGGGUACAUGAAACAAAAUACUAAGAUGGCUCAGAGCUUUCAUCCUUACACGUACAACCACCAUACAGCCUCUGCAAAUAUGACUUAGCUUACAGGAAGCUGCCUGGGUCAGAAGCAUUCUGCUUGACUGGUAUUCUGACUAGUGUUCAUAUUUCUCAUUAAUUCAACCCUCAUUCUCAAGCUUCGCCCAUAAUCUUUAAUCCAAAGGUCUGGUAUGUAUCAUUCACCUGCUAUACAAACAAAGCACGCGGGGGCCUGCAAGGCAGCUCAGCCGGAGCUGGGAAUAAACGCCCGAAGCUGAUGCAACAGACGCAACUUUUUCUCCCUGCCGUACUGCCUUUCAGAAUAAACGGACUGUACCUUUCUUUUGGAACGUACUAUCAUAUCCCCAAAUACCAAAACCAAUUAUUCCAUCCGGCACACUAUUUCUGUCACACAAAAAAAGUGAAACGCGUGACCAAAUAAUCAUUAGCAGCUAUGUGGUGAAUAAUCACUGACUUUUUAUUUUCUUCCACCAGUAACUAAUCUUUCUAUCAAAGAUAAAUGGUUUGCUAUGUAUCCAAGGACAGGCUGAAAUCUUAAAGCAAAUUUAUUCUGAAAAUUCAAGAUGUCAUUUAAAAGAAUUUAAAAGUAUUGGCAGGAGAGCAUGGCUUAACAUCUGAAGCCUCUAAAGUCUGGAUUAACAUUUUAAAAUAAAAUUCUAAGAAAUUUUAAAUGUAAGAAUUAAGGUCUUAUAAUUUAAAAAACACGAUUGGACUUUGCAUGGAAUAAAACUAUGGUCCGUCCUAAGUUAAAUAUUACUAAUGAACAGAGAUUCAAAGCAGCCAUCUGAAUUACACCCAGAUAAAAACUGUUUCUUCUAGUAACACCUUUCGAUAGGAAAUAUGAAUAAAAUAUGUCUGUAUGUGAAAUGGGUUGAGCAAGUUCCAAUUCUAGAAUUUCCAAACAUGAUCCAAGCAGAACAAUUUGGGCUGCUGACCACUGAGCCCAGCAAAUUGAAACGUCAUUUGGGAAGGCAACUGGCUGCGGCCAGUCCAGCAUACGGGGCAUUGGGCAGAAGGGCGCUUGAGACUGCGCACCGAGCCCAUCACAUUUCACAGGUCGUUUCAUGAAAGUAUCAGAAAGUGGAGCCAUCUGCAAAACGUAAGCAAAGAUAACUCUCCUUGAAAUUAAGUGAAGGAUUUUUGCGCACAAACUGGCAUUGCCAGCUGCAUGUUCAGAGAUACCCUAUAAAAAACCACUAGUGUACCAGCUGAAAACAAUUAUCGCUACUUUAUCACAAGUCACAAAUGUACUAUCAUGUCUAUAGCAUGUCAUGCAAACAUAGCACGAAGUCUUUGUCUAUUUAAUGUUGUCAAACAGUAAUGACGUGAAAAAUGAAAAAUUGGUUCUUUAAAUUUGGCCUGAUGGAAUGUGGGGCAGAGGAAACACCUUGCUCAUUGUUUUGCAAUUACUACAAUGCAGCAGGAAAAAAAAAAAGUCAGCUCCAGGAAAAUAAUGGAUUCGGUGAAUUAAUUUAAAGAAAAAGUCACUGUAACCGUUGCUCAUGAAGUAUUCAAAAUUAAAAAGUGUGGUGCAAGAAGGCACUAUGCUAUUCCUAUAAUUUCAUCUUUAUAACAUAAAGAAAAGCAACCAAAUGCUGAGAUUCUUAUAGAUGUAAGUACAUGAAGAAACUCUUAAAAAGUGGCCUGACUAUUAGAGAUAAAUAUUGUACAAUCUUCAGAAGUUAAGUUCCAAGGAAAUGAGAUUGGGAUGUGGAGACUAAGAGAGAAAAAAGUGAAUCAAAUGAAUUCCCAAGCUCCAUUGGUGAGACGAAGCCUGGGAGCAAAGGCCAUUCAAGCUCCGCCCCAACAGGAAAGAUUUCAAAUAGGCAACUUUGCAUCUAGACUUUUAAAGAGAAGUGACAGGCACCGGCCCUUUCGUGAGUCCGCUGGAGCAGAGAAGGCCGUUCAGAGGAAAGCUCCAGCAGCUGCUUAUACAGGACGUACUGAGCGGAUAUGGGCCAAGCUGCAACGCGGUCAAGUAUCAACUGGCACCUGAAAGAAAAUGCAAGAGAUCACCACACAAGUAAAUUUUCUAGCAAAGAGUUGAUUGUGAGGAGAGGACAGGCCUUCAUUAUCUCCUUCAAUGGAACAGAACAGCCUGAGCAAAACUUAAUAUUCAUCGCAGAAACAGGUCCAAAACCCUCAAAGCUGUCUAAGACCCAGGCUACAUUUGGUAUCUCCAGCACAGUGAGCAAGGACAGCUGGAGUGCAGUUCUACAGUCCACCAGUUCCAGCUCCGUGAGCAUCUCCAUUUCCAGCCCACCUGAUGCUGUCAUUGGACGUUACAAGCUGAGUGUUCAAAGUACUCUGAGUGGUACCUCCUCUCCAGCAAGCCUUGGCACUUUUGUUUUGCUCUUUAACCCUUGGUCUUCAGGUGAUGACGUGUUCAUGCAUAACAAGGCUGAGUGUGAAGAAUAUGUGCUAGAAGAAUUUGGCAUCAUUUUUGCGGGCAAUAAAAAUCGUAUCAGCAGCUUUGGAUGGAAUUUUGGCCAGUUUCAAGGAGAUAUUCUCAAUAUUUGCCUUUCCAUGCUGGAUCGAAGCUUAAACUAUCGUCAGGAUCCUGCCACAGAUGUAUCUCACCGCAAUGACCCCAAAUAUCUGGGCCGCGUUCUCAGUGCAAUGGUCAACGCCAAUGACGAUCAAGGGGUGCUCCUAGGAAACUGGAGUGGAAAUUAUGAGGGUGGGAAAAGUCCGAGCAGCUGGACCGGAAGUGGUGAAAUCCUGCAAAACUGGAAGAAAUCAGGAUUCAAACCAGUUAGAUAUGGACAAUGCUGGGUUUUUGCAGCUGUAUUGACUACAGUGCUUAGAUGUCUGGGAAUUCCCACUCGUACAAUUACGAACUUCAGCUCUGCCCACGAUGCAGACGGAAAUCUGCGUGUGGAUGAGUUUUAUGAUGCUUCUGGAAAUCACUUGGACAGGGCGGCUGACAGCAUAUGGAAUUUCCAUGUCUGGAAUGAAAGCUGGUUUUCCCGCAGUGACUUGGGCCCCUCAUAUGGUGGAUGGCAAGUUCUGGAUGCGACUCCCCAAGAAGAAAGUGGAGGAAUUUAUCAGUGUGGUCCUGCCUCACGGAACGCCAUCAAAGAAGGAGAUGUAGAUCUGGACUACGACUGUCCAUUCGUAUUUGCAGAAGUGAAUGCUGACUGUAUGUACUGGAAUUAUGACCUCACAACUGGAAAGAAAACAUUGAUAUUCUCUAAGUCUACCACAAUUGGCCAAUUCAUCAGCACAAAGGCAGUUGGUAGAGAUGAUCGUGUGGAUAUCACCAAUGAUUAUAAAUAUGAAGAAGGCUCUAAAAAAGAAAGAGAUAUUUUUAAAAAAGCCCGUAAGAAGCUGGGACUUGAGGACAAAUUUGAUCCUACAGCACCAACACCUCAGGAAACUGAUCAAAAGCCUGAUAUCUCAGGGAAGUUCAAGGUGGAUGGCCUUUUAGAAGUUGGCAAAGAUCUCAAUCUAAUUCUGAUUCUUGCAAACUUACAGUCUGAUGCUAAGGCUGUUAAUGUAAAUAUGACUGCUUGGAGCACUGUGUACACUAGAAGACCAAUUCAUGAGAUCUGGAAGGACUCGAUAUCUGUCACUCUGUCUCCUAAGGAAGAGAAACAAUUUCCUAUUAAGAUACCAUAUACUGAAUAUCAACAGCAGUUAACUACAGACAACACGAUCCAGGUAACAGCGUUAUGUCACGUAGAAGGUGGAAUUCAAGUGCUAGUACAAAGAGACAUCACCCUGGACAACCCUGCCAUUGAUAUAAAGGUACCUGGUGAAGCAAAGGUGAAUGAAGAAGUAGAUGUAGAAGUGAUAUUUACCAAUCCUAUUGAAACGGAAGUGACGAACUGUGUGCUGCAGGUAGAAGGCAAUGACUUGCUCAGAGGAAUCCUUGAGAUAGGUGUGCCACCGCUGAAAGCCCGUGAGAAAUCCAGUAUGAAGUUUAAACUCAUCCCUUUUGAGACGGGUCCCAAACAUCUACUUGUUAAUUUCUCCUGUGAUAAAUUUGCAGAUAUCAAGGCCUUUAAGAUGGUAAACGUGAUUGACUAACAGGAAGAUACACAAUUACUGUUCUGUGCAUGUAUAAAUUGAACAAAUCGUCGUAAGAAAUCUCGUAUAGAAGACAAUGAGAAAAUCAGCAAAACAAAAUCCUCACUUACUGUAAUAAGGGGUUAUCAACAUCAUAUCACUAACGUUUUACGUUGUAAUUUUAAACAAACUGAGGAAUAGUUGAUCCUUCAUUUACUGUUGUGCAUGUCCAUGUCAUUAAAAAGAGCAUCUUACCUUCUA